AUGGGCUUCAACGAUCAGGAAAUCGUCGCGUUGAGCGCUGCGCAUAAUCUUGGCCCCUGCCAUGGUGACCGCUCGGGCUUUGAAGGAAAAUGGGUCAAUAAUCCGACACGGUUCAGUAAUACGUACUUCAAACUCCUAAAGAUGCAUGAUUGGAAGAAGACAAAGUUGGCGAACGGGCCGGAGCAAUUCGUCUAUGUGGACGAAGAUCUCGAGGGUGGGGAGGCCGACGGGGAAGCUGAAGAACUCAUGAUGUUGCCUACGGAUAUGGCCCUGUUGCAUGAUCCGAGCUUCCGGGCUUGGGUUGACAAGUACGCCGAGGACAAAGAGCUGUUUUUCCGCGACUUUGCGAAGGUGUUUGCUAAAUUGUUGGAGUUGGGGAUCUAG